GCGAGUAUAUAUAAAGAGCCACAACCUUACAAACCCUCGUUUCAGUGGAGGCGUUGGUGGAGAGCGAAGAAGGCGAAAAUGUCGAAGCGAGGAAGGGGAGGAUCGGCCGGAAACAAGUUCCGGAUGUCGCUGGGUCUUCCCGUGGCGGCGACGGUGAACUGCGCUGACAACACAGGUGCAAAGAAUCUCUACAUUAUCUCCGUCAAAGGGAUCAAGGGACGUCUUAACCGUCUUCCUUCAGCUUGUGUCGGCGAUAUGGUUAUGGCCACAGUUAAGAAAGGAAAGCCUGAUCUUCGUAAGAAGGUUCUUCCUGCUGUCAUCGUUCGUCAGCGCAAGCCAUGGCGCCGAAAGGACGGUGUCUUCAUGUACUUUGAAGAUAAUGCUGGUGUGAUUGUCAACCCCAAGGGAGAAAUGAAAGGGUCUGCCAUUACUGGACCAAUCGGAAAAGAGUGUGCUGAUCUAUGGCCAAGAAUUGCAAGUGCUGCCAAUGCUAUUGUCUAAGAAGAAAGUCUUAAUUUCAGCUAUAGUUCUUUAUUGUGUUUUUUAUUUUGUUUGCUGAUUGUAGGAUUUCCAAUUUUGUUUAAUUUUUGUUUGUUUGUUGUGGACAACCAUAUAUUUUGGAGUAGAUUAUCCUUAUUUAUAAUCUUAAUUUUAGUUUGUUAUUAUUAUUAUU